UAAAUGGAGGGUCUAAUUCCGCUUGUUUACCGAGCCGUCAUGCAAAUCCGUUAUGGCCACGAGCGUUCUUCUUCUUACUACGUUCGUCUUCCGGGCGAUUCAGGCCGGUUUGGGAGAACCGGUUUGGAAGUUUCGGGUUUUGGAUCUUCCUCUAGUAUGGCGUCGUCGAAGACCACGAGCACGAACACCACGUUUUCUGUUUCCACGGGAGUCCAGUCACCAGUUCAUCUUCAGGCUGUGAAGUGAUGCACACGCACUCCAAAGGGAACCAGAAGAUACUCGCGAGGGAAAGGUUGGUUUGUGACGUUGUCGUGACUGGUUAGGCUUAGUCUUUGAUGUUUUGUGAAUUAUAUAAACUUGGGACCGGUUGAAUAAACCUGAUGUAAUAAUUGGGGUGUGAAGAUUAAUUCUCUAAACGUGGGUUUUAACCCAAAGGGUAAUCCCAUGUUGUAUUUGUGUGUUUCUUUUAAGAAACUUUGAAUUGUAUAAAAAAAUUAUCUGAAGCUCCUGGUUUAUUUGUGAGAAAAUAUUGUGUGAUUAUCUUUUUCUUUCAGUAUUGCCAAGUUACAUAUAUUGUUUUUUUA